CACUGUCCUGCCCGGCGCUAUGGAAAUUUUUGGCUGCAGCUCCUUUGAACCAGCGCAACCGGCGGCGACAGUUCAACCACGGCCCCAGCGUCCCGACAUCAAAAGGCCGUUGCGUCGAUCCAAACGGCAGGCAUAUCCAUAGCGAUCAGAUCCGUCGCGUCUGGUUUUCCUGGGUUUCCUCUUUCGGCACUGUCGCUCCCUCUUCGGAGUCCUUUGGACGGACGCUUAGCAACUUUGCGCGACGGCCGCGACCGCUGUCACCAUGACAUCCGCUAUCGACGCGCCAUUGGCGUUUCUACGCAAAAACCCCGUGUUUUCCGGUCUCUCAGAUAUUUACAAUGCCUUUCAAGAAAGGAGAGCGCGGUUGGGACUUCCAAACCCUGGCUUGGUCGAGAAUAUCGCCAAGGAGGUCCAGCGAGAUGUUCUCACCACAAACUUGAUGUUCUCCGGCCUGCGGGCCGACCUCACAAAGGCCUUCAGCUUCAACCCCUUAUUCCAAGUAUCUCACCAGUUCGCGAUGGGCGAGCGGCUGAGUCCUUACACCUUCGCCGCCUUGUACGGCACCAGCAAGGUGUUUGCCCAGGGCAACAUCGAUGACCAAGGCGCCUUGUCCGCGACGUUCAAUUGGCGAUGGAAUAACGCCUUCAUCACCAAGUCUCGGUUCCAGAUCUCACCCGGCGCCACCGGUCAGGACAUGGCCCAGUUCGAGAACGAGUACCAGGGCAACGAUUUCACCGCCACCGUGAAGGCUCUGAACCCUUCGUUCCUUGAGGGGGGUUUGACUGGCAUCUUCAUCGGCCAGUACCUGCAGUCCGUCACACCCAAGCUUGCUUUGGGUCUAGAAGCUGUCUGGCAGCGUAGCGGUCUUACCCAGGGGCCGGACACUGCUGUCUCGUAUGUUGCCCGGUACAAGUCGGACAACUUCAUUGCGAGCGCGCAGCUGCAGGCCCAGGGCGCCCUCAACGCCUCGUAUUGGCAGCGUUUGUCGGAGAAGGUCCAGGCUGGUGUCGACAUGACGCUCUCUGUCGCUCCCAGUGGCGCCUUGAUGGGCGGCCCUACGAAGGAGGGCAUUACCACAUUCGGCGCCAAGUACGACUUCAGGAUGUCGACCUUCCGCGCCCAGAUCGACUCAAAGGGCAAGCUGAGCUGUCUUCUGGAAAAGCGGGUUGCUGCUCCCGUUAUGAUGACGUUCGCCGCCGACGUGGACCAUUUCUCGAAACAAGCAAAGAUCGGUGUCGGCAUCUCCAUCGAGGCUGGUGGCGAGGAGCUCCAAGACCAGCAGGACGCCACGGGCGCCCAGCCCCCGGCGAACAUCCCCUUCUAAGUUGUGACGGGCAGCAGGCAGAACGACAAUUGACGUCCCGGUUCUGCACUCACACGCCUUGCCUCGUCUCCGCUCUGCUCCGCUCCACCAUAUGUCCACACGAGGACCGACUAAUCUAAUAACACCCGGCGGCCGGUCAGCGACAGCAUGAAGCCGAACCUUCCCA